AUGAUUUCCCACAAAGAUGUCCUGGGGAUCAUUUAUCUGAUCCAGUUUAUGAGUGGAAUACUAGGGAAUGGUCUACUCUUUUGUUUUUAUAGCUUUAAUUUCAAUUCUGCCUUUAGGAAAAGAUUCAUUGACCCAUUUCUCAUCCAUUUGGGCUUUGUCAACACCGUGAUGCUUAUCUUCAGAGGAAUACCCAAGAUCAUAGAGUUUUGGGGGUGGGAGAACUUCCUGAAUGAUAUUGGGUGUAAGUUAAUUACCUAUCUGCAAAGAGUGUCCCGAGGCCUUUCACUCUGCAGUGUCAGUCUGGUGAGUGUCUUUCAAGUGAUUACUAUCAGUGCCAAUAGCCCUAUGUGGGCAAUGCUCAAAGCCAGAUCUCACAAAUGUAUCUUACCCUGUUGUGUGUUCUGUUGGAUUCUCAAUCUGCUAAUGGAUGUUUUUGUGCCCUUGUAUAUAACUGGUCCAAGUAAUAGCACAAAUAAAGGAAGAAGGAAUUUGGGGUACUGCUUUAUAGAUAUGCAUGCCAUGCGUGCUUUAAAAGUUCAUAUCUGGAAGUCCCUGUACGAUAGUUCUUUUGCGGGCAUCAUGGCCUGCAGCAGUGUCUACAUGGUAGCUUUCCUAUAUAGGCACCGACAGCAAGUUAAGCACAUUCACAGCACUAGCCUCACACCCAGAGUCUCCCCUGAGAUUAGAGCCACCAAAGUCAUCCUGCUGCUGGUGGGCACCUUUGUUGGCUUUAACACAAUAAGCAGUCCUUUUAUUCUUUAUGUGGAAUAUUCUAAUGGAACCAGUUCUUGGGUAGAUCAUGUCAUUGCUUUUCUAUCCAUGUCAUUUCAAUCAAUCAGUCCAUUUGUGCUGAUCACUAGUGAUACCCAAAUUCAUAAGUCCCGCUUUGUUCUCUCAGGGAUCAUCAAUUCCUAA